UGUUCCAAAAGUGUUUAGUGUUGCGUUCUUCAGUCCGUUUUCGUCAGUAAAAAUAAAUCAAUUUCCUUCACAUUUAAAAUAAGACGACACAAUGGCAAGCAGUUCCCAAAUUCCGCUGGCGCAGUUGCAACCUGCCUUUAAAGAAAUCGUCGAAAGUGUCUUCAAUCGCUGGACGGCCCUCCGACUGGCUGUGGAACAUGGAAUGGGUGGACAGCUGGGAUUAAAUACUGCAAUAGAAAUGAUCAAUUAUGUUACCUGUUACUGCACGGAAAACAAAAAAGUAGAUGCUUACGACCUGAGAGAGGUGAUGGAGGAAAUUAUGGAUCAGGAAUUUCAAACUAUCUGCGAAGAUGAAUCCGUCAAUGAAAUCAGCAACAUCCUUAUUAAAUAUCUCAAUUUACUGAAGGAAAACAAAGAGGAUCAAGUGCGAACGGAAUUGACCCGUAUGGGUCCGUGCGAAAUUUGGAUCAAAUCCGGGAAUCGGAUAAAGAUGCAGAUGAUGGACGAUAGCAGCGGCACCGAGGAUGAGGAUAUGGAUGAUCAGGACAUGGACGUCGAACCAGUACCGAUGGCGAGAUCGGCUGGAAUGAAUGCCUCCCCCAGUACCGAAGGUUCAACAACGGAGUUCCACGAAGAGGAUGUUGAUCCGGGAUGGACUCAGAUUCGUGGCAGGAGGAGAAGGUAAAACAACGGAUAGGUGAAAAUAAAGCGAGGCUGUUAACAUUCAAA